GUGCCUGACCCACUACAGCUCUACACCCAGCUUCUUCAGGGGCUUCUCUCUCCUUCCUUCUCAUCCUAAGGUCACGGUUCAAGAGACAGACCGAGAUGUUCAGUUACCUCGCUCUCCUCUUAGUUGCUGCCCUGGUUCCUGCUGGCCAGACUACCAUUUUCCUGGAGCAGAAGGCUAUCUCCAUAGUUAAAAACACAGGAGGGUCGGCCUCCUUGACCUGUGAGAUUUCCAGUCCGAUUUUCGACAAUAUCCACUGGUACCGUUACCAGGAAGGGAGGGCACCAGAACGCCUGCUCCGCUAUUCCAUGAACAAGUCUGAGUCCGUACUGGAUCCAGGCUUCAGCUCUGACAAAGUCAGAGCUUAUAAGGGGAAGAACACCGUCUGCAGACUAAUACUGAGCGAUCUACAAGUGAGCGAUUCUGGAAUGUAUCACUGUGCCACCUGGGGACAGAUUAAAGUCUUUGGUGAAGGGACAAAGCUCAUUGUGACAAAAUCUCCCAUCCAAAAAAAACCACCAAAGCCCAUAUUUUUUCUCCCUACUUUAGAGGAGGUGAAACAAAAAAAAUCUGGGACUUAUAUUUGCCUGCUGGAGGAUUUUUUCCCCAAUGUUGUUAAAACAUAUUGGAAAGAAAAUGACAAAUCACAAGCUCUGGAUGCACAGUUUGGACCUAUCACUGGGACCCAAGAUUCAUAUUCACAGGUCAGCUGGUUGACUGUGGAAGAAGAUGCCUUGGGUAAAAACUUCACCUACUUCUACCAGCAUGAGGAUGUGGGCAUAGAACCGAAGGCAGUUCCUGUUCCUCCAUUUGGAAAAGUUAUCGCAGGUCCCCGUUCAGAAAUCUGUGAGGAAACCGACACCAAGACUAAUGGGCUCCAGAGAGUGCAUUUUGCCAACACAUCAGCCUUUUAUACCUACACCAUCCUACUUGUGAAGAGUACCAUCUACUUCACCAUUAUCCUCUUCUUCCUGUACCGAAAGAGAGUGUCGGGGAGCCAGGAGACAAAGUAGGCAGGAGAUGCCCUUCAGCCACCAGGGAGGGAAGGCUGUGCCCGCACGUUCCAGUUUGUCUUCUGCAGGAGGAGAGCAGCGGUCAUGCUGUUGGGUCUUAUUAUUUCCCUUUUGCUUAGCAACGCAUCUUUGCUGUAACUUGGGAAAUGCAAGUUGGUUUCUUUUAAUCUGUUGAAUAAACAGGAAACUUUAGGUUGUCAGAAAUCUGUUCUCUUUGGCGCUUUGCUACCAAUCUCCAUGCACUUUCUUACCGAUAGACCUCUCCCCAAU